GCGGCCGGGCCGCGCCGCCCGGGCUGCAGGCGGGUCCCGGGAAGCUGGGUCCCCGGACGGCGGGCGGUGCGGCGCGCGCGGGCGGCCCCGGAGGAGGCCUGGAGAUGUCCUGUGUGCGCCGCCUCCUGCUCACAUCCCUGUUCCCGGCCCUCCUGCUUCACGGGCUGGGAGAGGGCUCUGCCCUCCUUCAUCCGGACAGCAGGUCGCACCCCAGGUCCUUGGAGAAAAGUGCCUGGAGGGCUUUCAAGGAAUCCCAGUGUCACCACAUGCUCAAACAUCUCCACAAUGGUGCCAGGAUCACUGUGCAGAUGCCGCCUGCCAUCGAGGGCCACUGGGUGUCCACCGGCUGUGAGGUGCGGUCGGGCCCUGAGUUCAUCACCAGGUCCUACCGGUUCUACCACAACAACACGUUCAAGGCCUACCAGUUCUACUACGGCGGCAACCGCUGCACCAGCCCCAUCUACACGCUGGUGGUCCGCGGCAAGAUCCGCCUGCGCCAGGCCUCCUGGAUCAUCCGCGGCGGCACCGAGGCUGACUACCAGCUGCACCGCGUGCAGGUCGUGUGCCACUCAGAGGCCGUGGCGGAGCGGCUUGGCCAGCUGGUCAACCACACGUGCCCUGGCUUUGUGCCCGCCAGGGGUCCCUGGGUGCAGGACGUGCCCUACGACCUGUGGCGGGAGGAGGGCGGCCGCGAGUGCACCCGGGCCGUGAACUUUGCCAUGCACGAGCUGCAGCUGGUCCGCGUGGAGAAGCAGUACCUGCAGCACAACCUGGACCGCCUGGUGGAGGAGCUCUUCCUGGGUGACAUCCACACUGACGCCUCCCAGAGGAUGUUCUACAGGCCGUCCAGCUACCAGCCCCCGCUGCAGAAUGCGAAGAACCACGACCACGCCUGCAUCGCCUGCCGCAUCAUCCACCGGUCGGAUGAGCACCGGCCGCCCCUGCUGCCCCCCAAGGCGGACCUGACGGUGGGCCUGCACGGCGAGUGGGUGAGCCAGCGGUGCGAGGUGCGGCCCGAGGUCCUCUUCCUCACGCGCCACUUCAUCUUCCACGACAACAACCACACCUGGGAGGGGCACUACUACCACUACUCCGACCCCGUGUGCAAGCAUCCCACCUUCACCAUCUACGCCAAGGGCCGCUACAGCCGCGGCGUGCACUCGGCCAGGGUCAUGGGCGGCACGGAGUUUGUGUUCAAAGUGAACCACAUGAAGGUCACCCCCAUGGACGCAGCCACUGCCUCGCUCCUCAAUGUCUUCAACGGGAACGAGUGCGGGGCCGAGGGCUCCUGGCAGGUGGGUGUCCAGCAGGACGUGACCCACACCAAUGGCUGUGUGGCACUGGGCAUCAAACUACCUCACACGGAAUACGAGAUCUUCAAGAUGGAGCAGGAUGCCCGCGGCCGCUACCUGCUCUUCAAUGGCCAGAGGCCCAGCGACGGCUCCAGCCCGGACAGGCCUGAGAAGAGAGCCACAUCCUACCAGAUGCCCUUGGUCCAGUGCGCCUCCUCGGCGCCCAGGGCUGAGGACUUCUCUGAGGACUCCGGGGGGCAUCAGCACCGGAGCCGGGCACCCGGGAGAGGCCCAUGUCCCCUGCUGCUGGCCGGGCUCGCUGGCCUUUGGACUCUGCAGCCCUGGCACAGUCUUGGAUAGAAGCGCUUACAGAGUUUGAUUUUUCCAAACCAGGAUGCCUUACAAUUUACAGAUUUUCUUUACAAAAAGAAAAGACACUUCUUCCUCGGAUGCACUUGAGCGGCUGAGAACAGUCCUCCUCCCCGCCUGGCCCCCGCCCGCCCGGCCUGAGUCAUGAGCUGUUUGAAGUUUUGGCUUUGAACUCCAUCCAGUCGGAUCCCGGGCCUGGGCGUCCUCACCAUAUAAUUGCACUUUAAGACCGCAGAGAGUUUCAGGCAAGCGUGUUGGCGGAGGGAGCAGAGUGAGAGCUCCAUCUUCUUCUUUUCUUCCUCUUCAUUAUUAUUGCAUUUCGGGGGGGAACUUAGGAGAAACACAUAUCCAGCUUCAGCUUUUCCUGCUGCUUCACUGCGGUUGCUUUCUGCUCCUUUGAGCCUGUUUCACUCUCCGAGUUUUCCAACCUGGAAUGCAGUGCAGAGUUGGUUUGGGACUGCGAUCCAGACACGUUUGAUUAAAUAAAGAAGAGACAGGGGUGCAGGAAAAGACACUGGUGUAACGGAACCACCUUGACAGCUUUAUGCAAAAAGAGAGCAGAUCCACACAUUCAAAUGUUGAAAAGUAUCUGUAAUUAAAGUUUCAGAGUCAUUUAAA